CGGGGAUAGGGCUGACGGCGGCACCGUGUGUGCAUGGUUUGCGACUUUUUCUAUCCUCGACUGGGCGGGGUAGAGAUGCACAUCUGGUCUCUCAGCCAGUGCUUGCUGCGGCGUGGGCAUCGGGUGGUGGUCAUCACGCACGGCUACGACAACCGCAAGGGAGUGCGGUACAUGACCAACGGACUCAAGGUGUACUACGUGCCGCUGGUGCCUGUGGUCGACGGGGACUGCAUGCCGACGGCCUGCGCGUUCUUCCCGAUCUUCCGGCAGAUCUUGAUCCGCGAGCGCAUCACGCUCGUGCACGGGCACCAGGCCUCUUCCGUCAUGUCCCACGAGGCCAUACUCUUUGCCAAGACGAUGGGCUACCGGGUGGCCUAUACGGACCACUCUCUCUUCGGGUUCGCGGACGCGGCUAGCAUCCACCUCAACAAGCUGAUGAAGUUCACGAUGUGCAGCGUCGACCACGCCAUUUGCGUGAGCAACACCUGCCGAGAGAACCUCGUGGUCCGCGCCACGCUGCCGCCGGAAAAGAUCUCCACCAUCCCCAACGCGAUCGACCCCUCCAAGUUCACGCCGGACCCUUCCGCCCGCUUCCCGAAGGGCACCAUCAACGUCGUCAUCAUGAGCCGGCUCGUGUACCGCAAGGGGAUAGACCUCGUCGCCCCCGUCGUAAAGGCAAGUGGCUUACCCUUGUUUACAGAAGGAAUUUCACGCGACUUCUCUCUCUGGUGUUGUGGACAGUGCAACCCGCGAUGA